AUGAAUCCCAGUGGAGAAUACCCCUUGGAAUCUACAGCUGAAGAAGCUCACGCAACAGUACUAGCAUCAUCUAGCCAUUGUGUUAACACCACACCAGACAGCCACCAGCAAGAGAAGAAAGCAAAGGACAGGCAUGGCACAAGCAUAACUUCCUCCUCGUCGCCUUCGAAUCCCCUUAGUCGCAAUUGGGAAGAAGAACAAGCAGCAGCAGCAACAGCAGGGCAGGGGUUGGACAGUAGCAUUACUGGCAGGGACGGAGCAGUGGAGGUGGAGGAAACUGCAACAACAACAACAACGCCAUCGUUGCUGCAGGAAGAGGAAGACGGGUGGUGUGGGCGGGAGAAGCUGAAGAGGCACAGGGUAGAAGUGGCCGGACGAGUUUGGAUCCCAGAGACUUGGGGACAGGAAGAGCUGCUCAAGGAUUGGAUCGACUGUUCUGCCUUCGACGCUGCGAUCGUGUCGAAUGGCAUCAUGUCGGCUCGUGAUGCUCUCGCAGCUCAGCAGGGAUUGAGGACUAGGUUAAGGACUCCAAGUCCCCAGGGAUUGAGCAUUGGAAACAGGUGUUGA